UUGCCAUUUAAUUAAAGAAACAGCUCAAAUCAUAAUGAUUUCAAAGGAAACGAAAUUCAAAAAAUCUGGCCCUUCGGUUAGGCCAUUAAAUUCUACAAGAACUUCGCGGUCUAAUUCACCACGCACCAGACCCAGAGAACAGAUUUUUGAAAGAUAUGUUGAUGUAAUUGAUUUAAAAUCAGAUAUUACCACCUUUACAAGGCAAUCGGAAAGACCAUUUACAAACUUUGAUGAAGAAGAAUUGGCUUUUGGAGUCAAUCUAAACAGUAACAAAAUUGCAUGCACCAGCGAUAACAAGAAGAAGCUUAUUCUUAUGGCACAAGAACCAUGGCCGGACAAUGUGAAGCUAUUCCAGCCGUACGAGGUGGAGCAAAUACUGCUCCCGGAUAAUGCCAGCUGCCUGGCCGUUCAGGCCUUUUUGAAAAUGUGCAACCUCCCCUUCGAAGUAGAGAUGCGCUGGAACGCCGAGUUCAUGUCUCCGUCCGGUCGCGUGCCCUUCAUCAAGUGCGGGGCCUUCGUCGUCUCGGAGUUGGAGCCUGUAGCUCAGUUCGCCGCCAACAAAGGAGUCUCACUCUGCGGCCAGCUCAGUUCUGAGGAGAAGGCUGAGAUGCGAGCUUACAUGAGUCUUAUUACUAAUGUGCUGGUCAACGCUGAGCUGUGGAUAUCCUGGAUAGAUGACGAAACCUACAACGCAGUGACCAAAGUGCGCAACUCUUCAGUCUACCCGUGGCCGCUGGGCUGGAUCCAGACUCGCACCAAGCGCAAUAUGGUGGCUAAGCGACUUAAGGCUCUGCACUGGCAUGAUAAGACCUUAGACCAAGUUCUGGCUGAUGUGGACCAAUGUUGCAAUUCGCUGAGCCAGCGAUUGGGAGAUAAGGACUAUUUCUUCGGAACCCCAACAGAGCUAGACGCGCUUGUCUUCGGUCACGUGUUCACCGUGCUAACCACCCGCCUGCCGCGUCGCCGGCUAGCCGAGACCAUCCGCAAGCAUGCGCCGCUGCUGGCGCUCGCGCGCCGGGUUGACGAGACUUACUUCAAGCGCCCAUAGCGCCCGAGGGUCCAGGAUAUCUCCACCAAGUUUACAAGCCCUUAGACCGAUAGCAGUU